AUGUGGGGCCCCACACGCGUGGGCGCCGAGGAGGAGAAGGGGACCGAGGAGACCCCGGCCUUGACGGGAGCGUGUGCGCGGAGAGCUGCGUCUUCGGCUUGCCUUGCCUUCCAAGUAGAGGGUCGCCGUGCUUCCCGCGCGAACGCGCGCUGCUUCCCUGUGGGUCUCCCCGAGAAGAAAAUCGGCCCCUGCAUCCAGGCUGCCGGUCAGCAAGGGACUGCGGAAGGCUCAGUCUCUCCUGGCGGCUGCCUGGCUGUCCCGGCUCUCUCGCCUGGGUCGCCAUCCAAUGCCCCGCCGGCGGAGGACGUUGCCAAUCGUGGAGUGACGCCCCAGUCGGAGGGCGAUCUGCGUGAACCCGCUCUCGCUGCGCCUUCCUUCCCCCUGUCCAGGGCGGUGGAUCUCGCCUACCAGGAAGUCUUUCCGACUCUUCAUCACGCUUCGCUUUCCUCCGGGCCGUCACUGCUGUCGCCUGCCUCUCCCUCAGGCUCAGCAAGUCCGCCUGGCGCGUCUCCUGUGGCGAGCCGCGGGGCUCGGCGGGCCCCGUUGGUGCUGGUGCUGCAUGGGAUGUUUCGCUGCGGAGACGACAUGCUCGAGCUCUGUUCGCAGCUGCAUGCGGAGCGCGUGUUGGCGGUCGACCUGCGGAACCACGGCGCGUCGCCGUUCACUUCCUCCAUGUUCCUUCAGGACAUGGCUGCCGACGUUAUCGCGCUCAUUCAGCGUGAGCUGGGCCUCUCGCGGCCCCGCGGCGCAGGACCGGGGCCCGCAGGCACCGAGGGAGAGCUCGACGAGAGGGGCGGGCGACCGGCGCGGGGCGGGUUCCGAGACGCAGAGGCGAGCUCUCUCCGCGCUGCGGAAGAGUUCCCAGGCUGUGAAGCCGAGCCCAGCCAAGCGCGUUCCUGCGGCAUGCAGGCGAGACCGAGCCGAGCACGCGCCGCGCCUCCGCACCACUCUGCUUCCUCCACUGCUCCUGUCGCCUCCUCCGGCUGCCCCCCUCGCCCCUCGGUGUGGCAGCGCCCGCGGGGAUGCACCGUGGUAGGGCACAGCCUGGGCGGGCAGGUGGCGCUCGCGGCGGCGCUGCGGGCGCCUGCAGGGCUCAUCUCGGGCGUGGUCGCGCUCGACAUCUGCCCUGUGAAUUACUACGACUGGCCGUUGCCGCGCGCAGGCCCCUACGACAUCCGCGACCUCGUUGAACUCGUCGCGGCUCCUCUCCUCGUGGGGGACGGGAGCAAACAAAAGGCUCUUGAGCGCCUCGGCGAGGUUGCCCCGGCGCUGAAAGGCGCAGGCGCACGCUCCCUGCUCUGUCUGCUUGCAGAGGAGGAGGUGCCUGCGAACCGCGACGAGGAAGAAGAGACGUGCUGCCCUCAGGAUCACGCGCGCAGCGAGGAGCGAGGAGAGCGCGGAUGCGACAGCGCGGACGGAGGGAGCGCCACGCAGAGAAGCCAUGAAGCAGACGGCCGGAUCCAAGAAAACGUGACGCCACACGGGGGAGAGGAAGGCGAAAGGGCCUGCUGUGCGCCUCUCCACAGUGGGCAGGCAGAACGGCGCGUGAAGAGUCCCCGGAGAAGCUACAAAACGGUCAAGAAGCUGAGAUGGAAAAUGAACACGCCUGUCCUGCGCGACAGUUUCCGCAACAAAACCCUGAGGUGGGAUCUCCCCGCCGCUCUCUCCUCUGCGCAGGCUGCUCCCGCCCUGUCCUCGCAGCCUCACUCUUCGUCGGAUUCGUUGCCUCUCACUCCUUCGACCGCCUUUUCUGCUGUGCCUGGGGGCGUCCGCCGCCCUUCUCCGUCCAGCUCCGCCCCGCCGACUUCGCGCGAAGCUCACGCGGCGGUGGAGAGCUUCCAUAAGCCCCCCAGCCCGUAUACGGGCCCUGUGCUGAUUGUGCGGGGACUCUGUUCGCCCUGGGUGGAUCCAGCGAGGCACUGGAGCGCGAUAAAAAACUACUUCCCUGCAGCUCGCGGGCUGACGCUGGAAAGCGCCGGUCACGCCGUCCAUGUAGACCAGCCGCAGGAGACCGCCGAGGCGAUAAAUGCUCUCCUGCACGAAGUCGUAGCAGACGCGUGA